UCUAGAAAUCGCCGUGACCGUCUCCUAAAACUAGACCAACACUUUUAUGUAUUAGUGGAAAAUGCAAAGAUCCGUAUUGUUCUGGAUAAGGACACCACGGACAUACGAACCCAUGUUUUCCCAAUAAAUGAAACAAAACAGAAAACAUAUUUUGUGAACCACCUAGUAAUCGAUUGCCACUUUGUUGCCAAUGUCGCCGGCUGAAUUCAUUGACAAACAUGCCUGAAUUCGAAAUGAGUGAUGGAUCCGCGAUCGCCCACGAGAUAAUCAUCCCUCUUGCUCGCGUGAUGCAGAUUCCCGCAAGGCGGUCCGUGAUUUUCAGGAAGGUAUCGACAUAGCGAUAUCUUGGAACAAAACAAUUAGCGACAUACAGAGGACGCUGACAUUUAAUUCCAUUAUCCCGUUCGGAUACGACGGGUCUUCAAGAUCGAGACGACUGAUAACUUCAUUGAACAGCAGGGGACGAAUUCUACAAAUGCGCAAUAUUUUCUAGAACGCUUGCAAACCAGAUACAUCAAUGCUGACGAGUCCUUUACACACAAUGGAAAGCAAACCAAAGCCGCGGAAAGCCAAAACCAAUUGGUUUUGCUACAACAGCAACUAUUACAAAAGUAUGAGUUCUGGGGACGAAGACGAGGUGGAGCAGAAGAAAACACGCGAGUUCAUGGCGAAGUACAUGGCCAAUUACCGGGCACACCGGAAGGGAAUGACGCCGGAAGAAGUUGCCGACUACUAUUCCCAUUGGGCAGACACUCAGCAAUAUGACUUGGAUCUAGAACCUGGCGUUUACAAUGGACCAACGAUCGUGGCGGAAGAGGUUGCCGAGUGCUUUACUGAGAAACGCGACAAGGUCCGCAUAAUAGACCUUGCGUGUGGAACUGGUCGCGUAGGGGAAGAGCUUUCACAAUAUGGCUUUAAGUCCAUCGACGGUGUCGAUCCUGCGGCUGGAAUGCUUAAACAGUGCCUGAAGAAGAAUAUCUAUAAACACGUGUACAAAGAAUUCGUUGGUGACAAAACACUGUCAAUUGAAGAUGGUAUUUACGACUGCGCAGUCUGUUCGGGAGGAUUCGGUGAAGGUCAUAUACCCUGCAGCGGGCUGCAGGAAAUGGCGCGAAUAGUCAAGACCGGUGGUUUGAUCAUUUUCGUGAUGCGCAAGGAAUACAUCAAAUAUGUGGAAGAAUAUGCGGACAAGCUGGAGCCCAUGAUUUCCCGCCUGGAGCACGAGCACACGUGGGAGCUUCUCGAGAGACGCGAGGUGGCUAACUACUCCUUCAACCGGGAUGGCGUCCUUUUCAAGUUGAAGAUCAAACGAAGCGGACCCGCGGCGGAUAGCGCCACAUCAAAGAACGACAGUACGGUUGCUAACACUACAAGUACCACAAAGGCUGGUACAAAAAAGGCGAAAGAGGACAAGAAAACGUCGUAAAGGCAUAGAUAGACCUGUGUUGUCUAUCAAUUGUUUUGUAUACAUUGUAUAGAAAUUGCAUGUUUU